AGGUCUGGUCUAAAUUCUAAAUUUUUUGAAGCGACGUGAGUGUUUUUCCAAUACAACCAUUACAUAAGCGUCAUUAGUUUAGUUUUUAUUACUUGAUAUUAGACAUCUGCUUAGUGCUCUGACCUGGGCCUCGUAUUCCACGGGACGCCGGUGCACGCGCUUCAGCGCUUAAGAAAACAAUUCGUAGAACGGUCUCCUUGGCGGUAAGAAACACGCACAAAUUAAGAGGCAAAGUGACCCACGAAAUAGUACUUGUAGGCUGUAGGCAGCGAGUGGAAGAAUUGUGCCGGAAUUUUCCUGGAUAGGGUGCGUUCCAAACGGCCAGCCAACGGCCACUCACUUCGGCUAGCUCCUGUGCCGCCACCCUGCACUCAACAACACACACAAGCCUGCACCGCACCAAUCUAAACCAGAGAAGAGAAGAGCAUCAGGAAGAAGAAGAGCUUAGCAGCAGAAGAGAAGAAGAAAGAGCAUCCGAUCGAUGGCGCUCUCCUCUGUCGUCCUGCGCCCAUCUCCGUUCUCUUCCCCGGCGGCGGCGGCGGCUUCCUCUCCUCGGCGACAUGCAGCAGUGCUACGCGUCACCUCCAGGGCGGCCACGUCACUGUCGGUGAGGUGCGAGCAGACGGCGAAGCAGGGCGGCGGCGGCGGCGGCGGUGGCGCCGACCGGUGGCUGGGCCGCAUCGGCAUGAUCAGCUUCGCCACCGCCGUCAUCCUCGAGGUCUCCACCGGCAAAGGCCUCGUCGCGAACCUCGGCGUGGCGACGCCGGCGCCGGCGCUGGCGCUCGUCGUGACGUCGCUCGCCGCCGGCCUGACCGUCUACUUCAUCUUCCAGGCCGGCUCCAGCGACUGAAACAGCAUCAAAUCAUCAGCCAUCUCCAUAUAUAUGUCUGGAACUGAAACAGCCAAGAACAUCUCUGAACAUGUUUUCCUGAAGUCCUGAACUGAUGUACUACAUCUCAACUCUCAAGCAAGUGUUCAAUUAAGAUUGUUAUCUUUUUUUAGGAGCUAUUGAAAAUUUGCAAAUAUGCAGUAGUAAUAUAUAAAACUCCCUCCAUAUUUUU